AUGAUCUCUGGGAGGGAGGGCCUGACUCUCACCGCCAGCAGCAGCAGCAACAGCGGCUACAAAGGCGUGGCCUUCUGCCCGAAGGAGAAAGGCCCCAAGAAGUACAAGCUGUCGGUGAGGGCUGGAGGCAGGACUCUCAACGGCUGGUUCGCCACCGCCGAGCAGGCGGCGCUCUUCUACGCCCGCAGGGAGGCGGGCAGGGACACCAGCGAUCUCACCGCGCCGCCGCCGCCCCCGCCGCCACCCGCGCCUUCCUCUGCUGCUGGCGCCGAGGCAGUCCGGCAAGCGGAGAGGGAGGGCCUGACUCUGGCUACGAGCAGCAGCAGCAGCGGCUACAGGGGCGUUUACUACCGCCCGAAGCAGCGAGGCAGCAAGAAGUACAAGCUGGAGGUGACGGCUGGAGGCAAGAAAGUCCACCUCGGCCUCUUCGCCACCGCCGAGGAGGCGGCGCUCUUCUACGCCCGCUGGGAGGCGGGAAGGGACACCAGCGAUCUCAUCGCGCCGCCGCCACCGCCGCCGCCACCUGAGCCUUCCUCUGCCGCUGGCGCCGAGGCAGUCCGGCAGGCGGGGAGGUAG